GGGUCCAAUCGCGUUGGACAGUUUCGUAGGAAGCGUGGGCCGUGUUCCCGCCAUCGUUCUGGGGUAUAAGAGGGACCAGGCCACAGACCAAGCACUUCAGUCCUCUGAAAGAAACACUACAAGGUACAAGGAUGGCUCUAGAACGUCAAGUGCGCGCCAAGAUCGCUGGAAAGCGUAAUCCUGAACAGGAAAAAGAAGCCCAGGAAUGGAUCGAGUCCAUUCUUGGCAGGAAGUUCCCUCAGGGUGAACUUUUCGAAGAUGUGAUCAAGGAUGGACAGGUGUUGUGUGAGCUGAUGAACAAGGUCUCCCCUGGAUCGGUCCCCAAGAUCAACUCCACUGGUGGUCAGUUCAAGAUGAUGGAAAAUAUUAACAUGUUCCAGAAGGCUCUAAAGGACUAUGGUGUGGACGAUGUCGACGUCUUCCAAACGGUAGAUUUAUGGGAAAAGAAAGACAUUGCGCAGGUGGUGACGACCCUCUUCGCUCUUGGUCGCACGACAUACAAGCACCCAGAGUGGAAGGGACCCUACCUGGGACCAAAACCAGCUGACGAGUGCAAACGUGAAUUCACAGAGGAGCAACUGCGUGCAGGUGAAUCAGUGAUCGGUCUGCAGGCUGGCUCCAACAAGGGUGCCACCCAAUCCGGCCAAAGCAUCGGCGCCACCCGCAAGAUCCUGCUUGGAAAGUGAACCAUCGAUCCGUUCGUGUUAGACCCGAAAAUUGUGUAUUUUGUAUGUACGUGUAUAUACGUUAUGUAUUUAUUUUGUAUUUUCUAAUUAAACCAUCCAUAUACACAUAUAUCUAUUGUUUAAGAACGAGAUACACAUAGUUGUACCUCCACUGUUUGGAUACUUCCUUCAUCCAGUGAUAGUAAAAAUGGCUUUUUUAGAUACUUUUAGAAAAUAAAUUUUCCUGCACUAUAAA